GUAGGUACUGAGAAAAAGAAAAUGGUAUGAACGGGAGUAGUAGACAACAAUGAAGAACUGCUAACGCUGUGUAUCGUAAAAACUAAUGAUCAGUGAUGGUCAAAUUUGGCGACUUACGUGUGGCUAACCUCGAAUUGAGAAGAGUGUAUGGCAGUGAGAUGCGAGAAUGAAACAUACAAACCAGAAAUGCCCGACAGAAAGAUGCUGUAAUGCAGUGCACUUCGCACAUGCAAGGAAUCCCCCGCCGGAGAGCUCCAGAUGCGCUCGACCGCACAAGGAGAAGAAGAGCAUAUUUUCAUUACAGUCCUUCGUUUGUUUCUCUUACAAUGUAUCAAUCAUACAUGAGCAAGCUAGUCCUCCAUAAAUGUGAUACUUUCGACCCGAUGUGUAAAACCAUCGAAUACGAAAAAAGGAGUUCCUGUGGAACAAGUAAGAUGAUCGUUCCAGCCAUAAAAGUCUUCGGCCCCGUCGUUCCGAUUCUACGGCAAAUUCAAACACAGCCCCAAAUCCGUCCGACUCUUCAAGCUCGAAGCUGGGCAGAGGCGACCUUAAAAACAUCCUACACAAACACCAGGUCCUGGUUGAAAAGGGAUGGUCUGCAUACAAGAUAUUCUUUACAGACAUUACACCCAAGCAACCUUUAUCACAACAUACUCACGAGAACAAAGCUCACGUUAACCGGCGGUCUUUCUAUUUUGUUUAGGGCACUAACACCGCCUUCUAUUUGUUCUUCCUCCUCCUCUUCUCCUUACCUCGAGGCAAUCCUUUGUCAAUCGUUUACGUUCUAUUGUUGUAUCGGCUUGGUGUUCCUUUGUUUACCUUUCGAUCUUAGUUGACCUACUAUAUCUCGUCUCUUUCGUCGAUCAUCCGUGUUGUUGGUUGAGUUCCUUGGGCUCCUAACUUCGUGGACAAGGUUCGAGUU